GCGUGGCACUCCAGGGACCUCGUGGCUGCGGUGGCCCUUGAAGAUGGCGAGGUAGGAGACGCCUGAUCUGCAGCGUCUGCGGUGGCCCUUGGACCUAGACGCCCAAGAUCACGCUUGCAGCCUGUUGUGCGCCUGGCCGUGGCAAGUGGAAGGAGGCAGAGGCAGGGGUAGAUACCACGGGAUGGACGAGGAGCUGGAGUCGUCCUCGCUGCCGGUGCUGCACAAGAUGAGGUGCGUGAAGGAGCGAGACCAGGAAAUGAAAGAUCGCUCGACAAACGGCCGCUUCCAGUCAGUUGGAUCUGAUCUUAUACCCGCACACGAGAGCUACCGGAGCAGUAGCAGAUUAACAAGGACCCAAGCUAGACUCCCAAGUUCUUCGGCUCAAGGCGCUAAGGUGUUGGAGACGUGCCUGUACUUGUUGAGCGUUUUAUCUGUAGAGUGCUAUAUUGUGAUUGGUGUAAUAUUGUAUGGUUAUAUUGUGAUUGGUGGAAUGUAAUAAACUUGAUUGGUAUAUUGGUGAUUUGGUUGUUAUUUGAAUA